GUACAAAAGUCGCGUAUUUAACAGAUUCUCAGUCAGUUGGUUGAUGUGUGUGUGCGGGUUUGAGCGUCGUGCUUUAUAAAUUCUAAAUAUUCAAUCGUAGAUUGAGAAAAUGUGUGAGCAUUCGUUAUCAACUUGUGCAUUUUGUGUACACAUAUUUUGCUAAGACAUCAAAAUUUGUUUCUUGCCCGCUGUUGUUUAUAUGUAUGUACAUAUGUAUGUAUGUAUUGGACUUCACGUUGCUUAAAAGUUAAGUAUUUUAAUUUCUCCUUGUGCAGUUGUUGAUUUUGUAUAGCGCAGUAAAAGAUGUUUUUGCGCAAUAAAGAUUCUAACGGGAGCUUAAACCAGGGCCAGACAAUUUUCAUUACUCAUUUGGCGAGUCCUCAGCUUUUUUGGUACAUUGAGCUAAAGGAAUUGGAAGCAAAAGCCAAGUCAAUAUGUCAAAUCGAAAGGGAAUUGAUGAGCCAUUGCAAUAGGACUAAUCACUUGAAUGAAUAUAAACAGGAUCAACAUGUCAUUGUGGAGUUUUUGUCCUGGAAUUCUCCCAAAUUUAUACGUGGCGUGAUUUGUCAAUCCAAGGAUGAGGAAUAUUUGGUAUCUGCUCUGGACUAUGGCUUUACUAUAAAAUGUUCAGCCCAAAAUCUCUGGUUAUUGCCUAAGGAAUAUCAAAUGAAAUGCCUCAACAUCAAGAAAGGAUGUGUGGCAUCAGUAAUUCCUUUAAAUGACACCAAUUGGUCCAAAGAGGCCCUGCAUGACUUUGACAAGAAAGUGGAAGAGUCUUCUCACUUAUCCUUCUUACCUGAAUACAACAAUUUGGGUUCAACUGUAGGACAAUUGUUUUGGAAAUCAUCAACGGAAAGAACUCAAGUCAAUGCAGCUAAUUAUCUGGUGGAGAAACAAUAUGCCUGCCUAGAUUCAAAGUCUAAUGUCUUGAGGAACUUACAUUCGAUUAGCUUAACAGAAGACAUAUUAAAUAUUGAUCUAGCCGAGAUCAAUAAAAAGGAUAAGGAGCCACGUUUACGUGUGCGUAAUAUAAUCCGUCUAAUAGCUGAUAAAAAUAAAACGGUCAUGGAAAAUUGUAAUCAAAAAUUCGAUAUGUUUCUACAUCAACGAAAUUUUAUUAUACCACAAACGGCUUUAAAAAUGAGUAAAGUCAAUAGCAGUAGAAGUGGAUCUUAUGAUAUUUUAAAAAGUGUUAAAUUAAAUAAUACAGAGAAUUCUGCAAAGAAUUUGGAACAAGAAUCGGCUAAGCCAAUGAAUGCUCUCAAAAAUAAGGAUGUAAGCAAAACUAAUUAUUCUCUUGGCCAGGGGAAAAUAUAUACAACAACUACAAACGUGGUCAAAAAAUCAACUCUAGGCAAUGACUUAAAUCCACAAAGCAUUACUAGUGUGGCUUUAGCCCACAGUUCAUCAACUGUUUCACCCAUGAGAGAUAGGCAAUCAUUGCCUUUUUGUCAGAAUAUACAAAAUGCCAUGAAGAGAUUUAAUUUGCACAAUACUAUGCAGCUCUUGGCCUGGCCACAUCUAAUGCAAAAUACAGGCAAUUCUCUUUUAUUAAUUAAUAAACCCAAUAGUGGACGCACUUGGUGUUAUCUUCCGGCAUUAUGCUCUUUGGUAAUGCGUAAAAUGCAACACAGUAAUUUGAAAUUGGGUCCUGUGGCUAUUAUUCUCACUGAUUUGGCCAACAUUACUAAAUUGGCAAAGGAUUGUGCAAUGUUAAUGCAGGCACAUAACACGACAAUUAUUAAAGUUGUCAAUACAUCUCAGUUUUCGCAAACGGAUGUGUGCAGAGCGCUCCUGGAUUCCUGUGGCAUUUUGAUUACUACACUUGAUAAAUUUGUAAAUUUACUAGAGAUCCAUAAUAAGAAUGAGCUAACGCUCUUUGAUUCGAAUUAUCUGGAAUUGUUUGUUUGCGAUGAUUAUGAUCGAUUGCGCUUAUCAAAUGCUAAACUUCUCAAUGAAGUGCUUCAACAGUCUCGCAGUAUUUUGAAAUUUCCCCUACUUCGGUUUGUACUAAUAUCUCAACAAUGGCAUCGUAAAGUCUUUACCAAACUCAUCAAGGAUCUUGCUGGUGAGGCUUUAAUUCUAUUUGGUGAUUAUCUCGAAGCAGCCAUGUAUGGUGGCUUGACAAUGGAAACCGUCCUGAGACGCACAAAUGAUAAACUGACGCAAUUAGUUAAAUACAUUGAUCAACAUAAAUCCAAACGCAUUUUAAUCUACUGUAAGAGUCAACAAGAAUUGCAGUACUUGACCAAGGAAUUAACUGAAAUGGGUCAGCAAUGUAUCGGCAUAUCCGAGGCUGAAAACCAGCAAACUCAUCAAUUGCUCCUGUUAACCGAUGAAUCAUCACAUCCUGAACAUUUGAUCAAGAAGAAUAUUGAAGUACUGAUCCAUUACAGCAUGCCAGAUUCGUGGACAAAGUUUGUGUUUCGUUUUCAUUCUUUGAUGGAUAACAUUGCCAAUUUGUUGGUGCCCACACAAAAUACUAUUAAAGUUGUCACCCAUUUAAUGUUGGAUCAAAGUAAUUAUCAUGAUUUGUCACGUCUUAUGAUGUUCUUUGAUUCCCAUGGCAUUGCAGUGGACAAAAUUAUUCAACAAGUGGUUGUCAGUUAUCAGAAAGAAAUUGAAAUGAAGAGGCCCUUCUGUCCAAAUCUUUUGCAUAGUGGCAAAUGUAACCAGAAGCAGCAGUGCGAUAAACGUCAUCAUUUUCUACAAUCGGAUUUGCAGGGCCCAAAAGGACCCAUGGAACAAUCUGGAGCUUUGGUGCGUUGCUUUGUCCUUAAGGUAUACGAUCCUGUGCACAUGGCCGUAAGGCCUAUUGAGUUUAAGCCUCCUGGCUCAUCCAAAUGGCUGCCUGCCCCCUCAUCGGACAGCCAACUUUUAAUGGCAUUUGCUUUAAGCAUGGCCAUGAAAUCGAAGCCUCAUCUGCCAUUGAAAACAGGAGAUGUUUGUGCCAUUCAUCAGCAGGGCCAAUUCAAACGUGUACGAAUUGUGGAUAUACCCCAAGGAUGUCCUGUGACUGUUCAGCUAAUGGAUCUCGGGACAGAGCUACUACAAGUCAAACCCAUAGAGCUGCUCGAAUGUGAUGAAAAAUUUCAAAAUGCGCCUUCACUAGCCAUGGAUGUAAGAUUGACCCAACUCCAGCCAACUGGCGGAGAAACAGCGAACUGGACACUAGAAGCCAUCAAAUGGGUUACCAAUACAUUUAAAGGCCUCAACGAACAGGAGUAUAUACAAAUAUAUGUGGAUUUCGCUAUUCUCAAUGUGAUCUAUGCCAGUGAAAUUGCAAUUAUUGAGAAAUGUCAAACGAUGAGAACUUUCGUGUACAAGCUAAAACUGCGUAAGGAAUUGCUAUUGAAAGGCUAUGCUCAGUUCCAGGAAAAUAUUGAUCAUAUACAGAUAGAAAAGUAUAAACAACAAGAGCAAAAUUCAAAGCCAAAUAAACUUACGAAGCCCAAAGCCAAUGAACACCUUGAAGAGCCUUUGAAAAAUGUAAAUGAGACAACAUCAGAGAUAAAUAUCAAUUGCAAUUCGCGUAAAUCGAAUAGAAUCAGCUUAAUGCUGGCUGCAAUUAAUAAGUUUAUUCUAAGAACAGAGUCAUCCGUGCAGCUGGAAUCCGAAAUCAUUCAAGAGAAACACGUAGAACCAUUAAAAGUGGAGCUUCCUGUUAUGGAUAGUACCACACAAUUUUUUAAUACGUUAAUUGGCCAACUGAAUGUGGAGAAUUCUUCAAUUAAAAGCAAUUCUGCUCAAAAGCUUAUAAACAAUAUAUUUGGAUCAACUUUGGAAAAGGCGAAAGUCAAGGAGGAACUCGAGAACACUUUGCCUAUUCCGUCUUCGGAAAUAUCAGUGACGGACUCGGCACAAAUCUCAACCGAUCAUACAACCAGUGCUUUGAAAUGUAUUAAGAUUGCAGAGGGAGCAGUUUGCCCCAAGGUUAAGUGGAGACAAACUCUCGGCCACAUCGAUAUCACUUUUGAACAACAAGUGCCACAGUAUGAACUCAUUCUUCAGGCAAAUACGUUAUCCUAUAGCGUCAUAAAGGCUGAGCCGCCUCAACGUUGUGUGCUCAAUCUAUUGGGAGAAGUAAAAAUUGUGUCCGAACAGCAACAUGGUUAUAUUCUACAUGUCAAAUUGGCCAAGUUAAGUCUGGUUUGUUAUUGGCCCACCCUAUUGAAUUCACUCUACGCACAACAACACUCCCAUUGGCUGAUCUAUGACACAGAAAGAGCUAAAUCUCCGCCACAACGCAUGGGCGUUGUCUUGUGGCAGCGAUAUGUGCGAAGACUGGAUGAAACCAAUGAUACAACUGAUGAUGAGGAUCACCAAGGUGUCCAUCAAUCGUCAGAUGAACAAAUUGAGCAAGGUGUAGAGCGAUGCGAGUCCUUGUUUGCGGACCACUAUAAAGACUUUUAAUUUAACUAUGACUUCUGUUUAACUUGAAUUUAAUCUUGUAAUUUUUAUAUUCACAUUCUUCUUUCAUUAAUCUCUUAUUAAUGACAAAAAAUAUUCUCUAAUAUUUAUCUAUGAAUUCGCUAAUAUUAGAUAAUUAAUACAUUUAUUUUGGUGUAACAAAAAUUGUUACUUUUUUUCCUAUUAUGUUUAAGUUCAACAAAAAAGAAAUGUAUUUUCUCUAUUCCUUUCAAUAUUUCAAACUUCCUUUCUAUUUGAAUUUGUCUUUUUCUAGCCUCUUUCACAUUCUAUAUUCUAAUUAUUUUGAAU